AUGUCGAUCCGCGUGCUGAACCCUAACGCCCAGGUGCUCAACAAGUCGGAGGCGCUGCACAUGACCAUCAACGCCGCCAAGGGCCUCCAGGACGUGCUCAAGACCAACCUCGGCCCCAAGGGCACCAUCAAGAUGCUUGUGGGCGGAGCUGGUGACCUGAAGCUGACUAAGGAUGGGAACACCCUCUUGAAGGAAAUGCAAAUUCAGAACCCAACUGCAAUCAUGAUUGCGAGGACGGCUGUGGCACAGGAUGACACAAGUGGUGAUGGCACAACAUCCACUGUGCUUUUUAUUGGGGAGUUAAUGAAGCAGUCUGAGCGGUGCAUAGAUGAAGGUACUCAUCCAAGAUUCUUGGUUGAUGGUUUUGAUGUUGCUAAGAGAGCAUGUCUUGAUUUUCUCGAAAAGUUCAAGACACCAGUCGUUACUGGUGAAGAACCUGACAGAGAUACCUUGAAAAUGAUAGCAAGAACAACUCUUAGGACAAAGUUGUAUGAAGGAUUGGCUGAUCAGUUGACGGACAUUGUUGUGAAUGCAGUUCUGUGCAUCCGCAAACCAGAUGAACCAAUUGAUCUUUUUAUGGUGGAAAUAAUGCACAUGCGCCACAAAUUCGAUGUUGACACCCGCCUGGUUGAAGGUCUGGUCCUGGACCACGGUUCUCGUCACCCUGACAUGAAGCGCAGGGCAGAGAACUGUUACAUCUUGACCUGCAAUGUCUCAUUAGAAUAUGAGAAAAGUGAAAUCAAUGCAGGAUUUUUUUACUCAAACGCAGAACAAAGGGAGAAGAUGGUUGCUGCAGAGAGACGCCAAGUUGAUGAACGUGUCAAACGGAUUAUUGAGUUGAAAAAUAAGGUUUGUGCUGGAGGUGAUAAAAACUUUGUGGUGAUCAAUCAGAAGGGCAUUGACCCUCCAUCACUGGAUCUCCUUGCUAGAGCGGGGAUUAUUGCUCUUCGAAGAGCGAAGAGGAGAAACAUGGAGAGGCUUGUGCUAGCAUGUGGUGGUGAAGCUGUCAAUUCCGUUGAUGACUUGACUGAAGAUUGUCUAGGCUGGGCUGGUCUUGUCUAUGAGCAUGUUCUUGGAGAAGAAAAGUACACAUUUGUGGAGAAUGUGAAAAACCCUCGCUCUUGUACUAUACUGAUUAAAGGACCUAAUGACCAUACCAUCGCACAAAUCAAGGAUGCUGUCCGUGAUGGUCUAAGAUCUGUUAAGAACACAAUUGAGGAUGAAGCAGUUGUGCUGGGUGCUGGUGCUUUUGAGGUUGCGGCAAAGAAGCAUCUUAUUGACAACGUGAAGAAAACCGUCAAAGGACGAGCACAACUUGGGGUGGAGGCGUUUGCGGAAGCUCUUCUUGUUAUACCCAAGACUUUAGCUGAAAACUCUGGUUUAGAUACCCAAGAUGUGAUUGUUUCUCUCCAGAAUGAGCAUGACCGUGGAUUAGUUGUGGGAUUGAACCAUCACUCUGGGGAACCGAUUGAUCCCCAGAUGGAAGGCAUCUUCGAUAAUUACUCUGUGAAGCGCCAGAUCAUCAACUCUGGACCCAUCAUUGCAUCCCAAUUGCUGCUUGUGGAUGAAGUGAUCAGGGCAGGCCGCAACAUGAGGAAACCAACUUAG